AUGGCUGAGUCCUACGUCACAGACAUCAAUUCCAGCAAAAGCAGCAGAGGCUACUUCAGCAUCUGGGCGGCAGCUGUUCCCAUGGUAACCAUCAGUGUCAUCACAAUCUCCUCCAAUGGCGCCAUUUUGAGCAUGUUCGUCUGCAGACAAGGUUUGAGGAGGUGUAAGAACUUGUACUUCUUCAGCCUGGCCCUGGCUGAUUUCCUGGUGGGUCUCUCGAUGAUCUACAAACUUACCAAGGAUCUCUACCAUACCUGGGACACCGGCUGGAGCUGUAAGGUUUACCAGACCGUGAAACAAUCCCUAGUUUACGCUUCGUUUCUCAGUAUCUUUCUCAUCACAGUGGACAAAUGGCGUGCCAUACAUUACCCGGUGUCUUACAGAAAAAGAUCAACGAAAUAUAUAAAUAUUGCAGCAGUUAUAUUUGUGUGGUUGAUAAGUUUCUGCAUUUUCACAUUGCCACAAAUAUGGUGGGACAAUUUCAUUCAGAUCACAGCUCAUGAUAUUAGUCCCUGGUUGAAAUCAGCCGGUUUUGGAACUAAUCUGAAACCGCAUGAAAGCAGUAUGGUGCACAGCAGCGUCAUUGCUGACCAAAAUUCUUCGAUAAACAAUAUAUAUCAUAUACAGGCAGGAAAUCAUCAGAGAACUUUAGCAGUGUGUCCGGAAGGAUACAAUCUGAACGUCAAGCUGUCUAUAUUCUCCACGACUUUGUUUUAUGUUUGUCCUCUAUUGGCCAUGCUUGUCUUCGUUGUAACUUUGUACCUAAAAUUAAAAUGGAGAAAGAGUGUAGAAGUUCAAAGGUCAACCAGUGUCACGGACACUUAUUUCAUGACCUUGAAGAAGCCCGCCUCUGACAUCCCGGAGAGCUGUAUAACAGCGACUGGAGACGACGAUUCAACGAAGGAGUCUUUGCUGAAAAACUCCGAACCCAAACUGAUCAACAAACACUUAGCAAUCGGCAGCCGUGGCGAAAGGCGUCACAGUUCUCUACCCAGCAUCUCGCCAAUUCUCAAAGGCAGAACAUCGAGCGGGCGACGAGUGUCGAUGCCUGAGAGCAACAGCGGAGGAGGAUGUCGUUACGUUGGUCGCAAAUGGUCCGGAUGCACUUCAGCAUUGGGACCUAACCAGAACCAGCCACCAAACCCAAUGGCUAACUUGGCGCCACGUCUGCACAAUGAGGACAUGGUUCACGACCUUCUGGUGAAGCAGGACAGGACAACUGUCAACUGUCUAUGUCUAAUGCUGGCAGCACUGCUCAUCUGCUGGCUGCCUCAUGCUGUCGUCAGCAUCAUCAACUCUCGCUGCUGGUGCCUCUUCGGGACAACCAUCACCAUCACUUCCUGGUUCUUUCACUUAGACCACGCCAUCAAUCCAUUCCUCUACGGCCUCAUGUACGUGCAGUUCAUCAAUGUCCUCAAGCAAUGGCUGCUGAUCGAGCGCGUCCAUGCCUUCAAGAUGAGGGACACACUGAUCCUCAAGAACAUCCAGAGAAAGAUCGACUGUGAAGAAAGCAGCAAACAGAGAAGUCCCAAUCCACAGACUAAAGACAAACAGUUUGAUGUGCCGCACCUGGCGCCACAUUUCGACAUGGCCAACGAGGAUUUAGACAACAUAUCGUUGUAG